AGCCAGUGUGUGUUUCCGAACGCAGCCUGAGCUGCAUCACUAUCAACCAAAAAAAGUGAGGUUAGAUUUCUUGUGUAUAUCGUGUAUUUUAUCAAGUUUUUUUUGACAAAAAACAGUGAGAAAAAUAAAAAAAUGACUAGUAACAAACAAUAUGGCUUGAUAUUACCAAAGAAGCAACAACAAACAACACCAAAACUUGGAAAUGUUUUCGGAGAUGAUAAUGCCUCUGAUGACGAUGAAGGUACAGAUUGGGUUAAAAAAGCUCUUAGAGUAGAAGGAGAAAAGCAUAAAAUGAAGAAACAAACUAAACUUGAUAUACAAAAGGCUCUAAACGAAGAUCCAACAAUCUAUCAGUAUGAUGAAGUAUACGAUGAUUUGGAACGUACUAGAUGUCAAUCGGAGAUCAAUAAACAGAAAGUGAAGAAACCCAAGUACAUACAGAAUCUCUUAAAAACAGCUGAACAAAGAAAGAAGGAGCAAGAACAUAGAAUAGAGAGAAUGGUGCAGAAAGAACGAGAAGCAGAAGGCGAGAUGUAUGUGGAUAAGGAAAGUUUUGUUACAUCGGCAUAUAGAGCAAAGCUGGAAGAAUUCAAAAAAAUGGAAGAAGAAGAAGCCAGAAUAAGUAGAUUAGAAGCUAUCGCUGAUGUGACAAAACAACAAGACAUGUCAGGAUUUUAUCGUCAUCUGUACAAACAGACUGUUGACUCACAGGAUAAUAGUAAUGAAUAUAAAAACAGCGAGACAGAGAAAACAAAUAUUGAGCAAGUUGAAGAAAGAACUUUGACAAAUAAUAAGGAGAAAGACAAUUUAACAAAAAAUAAAACAAAUAAUACAGAUACAAAAUUGAAAGGAAUUACGAAAUCUAAAACAAGGCAAUAUAGACAAAGGAUGGAAACUUGUGACUCGGACUCUGAACCUGAACCAAGCAAGGAAGAAGUUAAAAAUGAACAAUCUGUUCUGUCAACAGAGAAAAGUGUUAAUAAAUCCGGGAUACAAGAAUUUCAAGAAAAGAAAGAUACACAAGAUAAACAUAAUAUAAAUACAGAUGAAAACAGCACAGAUAUAAAACUUGUGAGCACUAAAAACACAGAGAAUAAAGAAUCAAAUAUAAUGGAUGUUGAAAUAUCUCACGAUCAUAAGAUAGUUGACUUAGAGAGUGAGAAAGAAAAGUUUAUUGAGAAGAAAGAUAAAACUUCUAUUUAUGCAAAGAGAACAACAGGUUCUCUAUUUGAAGCAGCAUUACAAAGGUACUAUGCAAGAAAGGCAAAAAAAUUAGCUGCAAUACAUCAGGUCUGAUAAAAUUAUGAUUAUAUUAAUUUUGUUGCAACACAAUGAUAAUACAAGUUGUUUCUUCAUACUAUGUAUAUAUCUAGGUGUAGUAAAUGUACUCGUAUAAAUGCUGAGUUUACUGUAUAUUUAUAAAAUUAUAAGAACAAUGAUAAUAUAAUU